AACACACACAGGACACCUGGUUCUAACCUUCAUCUGCCCCUCUGGCCAUCUGCUCAUCUCCUCCGACACUGCACCACCGACCAUGACUCCACGAACCAUGACUCCGAUUACCAAGACUCUGACAAUCAUCGGGGCUAUCGUUGCCAUGUUUACCAUUCUUUGGUACACGAUGUAUACUCCAAGCCCGUCAUCGGAAACCAGCCCCCCCAACAUAGGACUGUCCCUCGCGCAGACCGAGACAGAGCCUGUGAUGCCCUCCGAGCAGGAAGCAACAUUACACGUCUGCGAGGCCUACACGCUGGCCAAGAGGUACCGACCUGGCCUUACCGAACCGCCCAACUUCUACGACUGGUUGCAAGUCUCCACGGUCUUUGAUGAGAAGGAAGUGAUGCAGGUACUCGAAGACCGCAAUACGCCACUCAUGAAUCUCCAGAUGCAGAUGCUGCGUGAACCGGACGAUGACGAGGCCUACGGGAUGGGGAGGACCUGGGGUAGGAUGACUGGGGAUAUAACGAGCGACUCUAUUCGCGAGAGGCAGCGCGAAAUCAACCUCAAUUCCGCCAUCGCCUACGUUCUGUUGCGGGAGGAGGAGAAGAAUAUCUACGACCAGGUGUUUCUUCCGCUGCUGGACGACCGGCUGAAGGACGAGGCCUGCUUCAGGCCGAAGUGGGAUCGUGUAGAGGAGAAAUGCAAGGACCUCUAG